CUUGGACCACCUGCGUCACUGCCAAAAUUUCGAUUCCACAUCCCCGGACACGGCAAUUCCACCAGCGCCCGUCACUCUCUCAACAACAACCACACAUCACCACCGCCAAAAUGAACCGUCAAUACAUCGGUAUGGGUGGCCAGGGCCCCGUCCCCCGCCGCGCGAAGAAGGGCUCCAUGAACCCAUUUACCAUUGCCACCAACGCUCUCUUCUACUCUGAGAAUGCCGAGAUCACCCGCAGCAUCACCAUCUUUGGUCUCGCUGUUGCUUUUUUGAGCACUGGCUUUGGUGAGGCCUUCCUUGUUCCCGCUUAA